AUGAGGCCUGAAACUGACUGGAUCUGAUCUGGGGGUGUGGAAGCUACUUGUUUUCCGCCCUCCCAGGGACCUCCGUGACCCUCAAGCUGCAGGGGUCAGGCCAAGCUAAGGGCCUGGGGAUGCCCCCUGCCUGGCCCCCUUGCCUAAAUUGGCAGGGGGGCCAGGCUGGGCUGCAGCCCCCUUUUCAUCUCAGCCAUGGAUCUCCUUCCCCCCAAGCCCAAGUACAACCCACUUCGGAAUGAGUCUCUGUCAUCGCUGGAGGAGGGGGCCUCAGGGUCCACUCCCCUGGAGGAGCUGCCUUCCCCAUCAGCCUCAUCCUUGGGGCCCAUCCUGCCUUCUCUGCCUGGGGAUGAUAGUCCCACUACCCUGUGCUCCUUCUUCCCCCGGAUGAGCAACUUGAAGCUGUCCAAUCCUGCUGGGGGACGCCUGGGGCCUAAGGGGGAGCCAGGAAGGGCUGCCCAGGAUGGGGAAGGGGCAGCCAUGCUGGACUCAGGUCCCCUGCCCCUCCUCCAGGACAUGAACAAGCUGAGUGGAGGCGGCGGGCGCAGGACUCGGGUAGAAGGGGGCCAGCUGGGGGGCGAGGAGUGGACCCGACACGGGAGCUUUGUCAAUAAGCCCACGCGGGGCUGGCUGCAUCCCAACGACAAAGUCAUGGGACCUGGGGUUUCCUACUUGGUUCGGUACAUGGGCUGUGUGGAGGUCCUUCAGUCAAUGCGUGCCUUGGACUUCAAUACCCGGACUCAGGUCACAAGGGAGGCCAUCACUCUGGUGUGUGAGGCUGUGCCCGGUGCUAAAGGGGCAACAAGGAGGAGAAAGCCUGGUAGCCGUCCACUCAGCUCUAUCCUGGGGAGGAGUAACCUGAAGUUUGCUGGAAUGCCAAUCACGCUUACUGUCUCCACCAGUAGCCUCAACCUCAUGGCUGCAGACUGUAAACAGAUCAUUGCCAACCAUCACAUGCAAUCUAUCUCAUUUGCGUCCGGCGGGGACCCGGACACAGCCGAAUAUGUUGCCUAUGUUGCCAAAGACCCUGUGAAUCAGAGAGCCUGUCAUAUCCUGGAAUGUCCUGAAGGGCUUGCCCAGGAUGUCAUCAGCACCAUUGGUCAGGCCUUUGAGUUACGUUUCAAACAAUACCUCAGGAACCCACCCAAGCUGGUCACCCCCCAUGACAGGAUGGCUGGGUUUGAUGGUUCAGCAUGGGAUGAAGAGGAAGAAGAGCCACCUGAUCAUCAGUACUAUAAUGACUUCCCAGGGAAGGAACCCCCUCUUGGGGGGAUAGUGGAUAUGAGGCUUCGGGAAGGGGCUACUACAGUGGCUGCCCGACCCACUCUACCUGGAGCCCAGACUCCCAGCCAGCUGGGAGCUACACUGCCUGUAGGUCAGCCUUGUGUGGGAGACCCUGAAGUCCGCAAACAGAUGCUGCCUCCGCCACCUUGCCCAGCAGGCAGAGAGCUCUUUGAUGAUCCCUCCUAUGUCAACGUCCAGAACCUAGACAAGGCUCGGCAGGCAGCAGGGGCAACUGGGCCCCCCAAUCCUGCCAUUAAUGGCAGUGCACCCCGGGACCUCUUUGACAUGAAACCCUUUGAAGAUGCCCUCCGGGUGCCUCCACCGCCCCAGUCCAUGUCCAUGGCUGAGCAGCUUAGAGGGGAACCCUGGUUCCAUGGGAAGCUGAGCCGGCGGGAGGCCGAAGCACUGCUACAGCUCAAUGGGGACUUCCUGGUACGAGAGAGCACCACUACUCCUGGCCAGUAUGUGCUCACCGGCCUGCAGAGUGGACAGCCCAAGCACCUGCUUCUGGUAGACCCUGAGGGUGUGGUUCGGACAAAGGAUCACCGCUUUGAGAGUGUCAGUCACCUCAUCAGUUACCACAUGGACAAUCACUUGCCCAUCAUCUCUGCGGGCAGCGAACUGUGUCUACAGCAACCUGUGGAGCGGAAGCUGUGAUCUUUCCCAGCCUGUCUCCCAGGAGAUGCCCUCCAGCCUCUUUUCCCCUAUUCCUUAACUCUCAGGACUUCACUUGGGAUGUUUUAAGGGCUGGGCCUUGAGUAGGAGGAGGGAGUAGUCUGGAUACUGAGUCAGGAGCCUGGGGAAGAAUCCUGUUUCUCCCCAAACCUCACCAAAGUAUUAAUGUACAGAGUGGCCUCCUUGUCUAGGCCUUUCCUGUGCCAACCUGACACUCCAUUUCCAAAGAAGGCUGGUGCUUCUAAUGGAAAUGUCCUGUGGUGAUAGGCCCAGUGAAGCAAUUGCCCUUCUGGGGAAGGGGAAUGAAUCACACCUCUGGUCUACCCCUGGACUUCAGAAUACCCCUGGCCCCUCUGAACACUCCCCCUUCUAUGUUAAAACUUUGUGCCUUUGACCAUCUCUUAGGUCUGCAGAUACUUUAUGCAAAGAGUUCUCAGGCCCCUGAAUUCAAAAACAGGGGUUCUGACACUUUGGCUUCUUGGACCCUGUCCUCUCCUUGCUCAGUACCCCUUUGGGUUUGGGUUGGGAGAACUAAGGCAGGAGUGGCAGCUGUCUCUGCCUUGGGCAUAUGCAACUCUUAAGAGAUUGCCCCAGAGCCCCCCUCCCAGCUGGGGUUAGUUGGACCACUCCAUUGCUCAGUGCCUCCUGGGCUGGGGAACCCCCUUCACCCAAGGGGUCUGUAUAUACAUUUUGUAAGCCUACCCCCUCCCAUGUUGCAUGCCUGUUAUACUCUACAGCCCUACCUCCUGUAGCCCUCACUGUCUCUGGGGUGGUAAAUGAAUGAAUUUGGGCCUUUUCUACCCUUAACUCCAAGGUGAGUUUUGUGGAGGCCAGCACAGGGGCAUAGAGACUAAAGCAGUAGACAAUCUGAAUACUAUCUGUAGAAUGGGAACAGCAUUCGUUUCAUUUCAUAUGCCUAUGUGUUAGGGCUGUAGAUAUACUUUUAUUUUCCAUGGCUUAUUUUUGAGCACAAAAUGAUAAUAGAUUACAUUUAUACACCUGACUUUUUGGAGCCCCUUUUACAAUGAUUGUCAUUUUUCUCACCCUAGCCUGAACUGGCAGCAUUAUGGUUUUAUUUUAGAAGAGAAACCUGGGACAAAUCAGUUUCACCCUAGGACUAGGAAGAAAACUUGGGCCUCUUAUGGCUAGGCUGGGAAGCAGAGUGAUAGUAUUGUUGCUGUCAUGUGGGGUCCCUUCUACAUUGGGUCUGUGUGUGUGGCCCAUAGAAGCUGGCCAGACAGAGAAGCUGGUCUGGCUCGGUCUGGAGGCUUAGGGAUAAGGGAGGGUCGAAUGUUUCAAUCAUGGCCAUCCUUUUUUGAAUGUUUUCACGGUCUCACUUAUACCAAAGGGAAAUAGCCUUCAUUAAAGUCCUAUUUCUUCUA